CCCCCACAGAUCGUCCGUCUCCCCCCUGAAGUCACCGUUGGCCGUCGAUCCGGCGGCGACCCCUGCUCCCGGCAUCUCCUCGGCGAUUGGAGUAGAGAUAACUGGUUGAUAGGCGAGAAACGAAGAUUAGCUUUCCAGAUUCUCCCUGAUCUCGACCUUCUCCCUUUUCUUUCUCUGAUUCCCCUCCGACGACCAGACGGCGGUUAGUUCUUUCAUAAAUGGAAGGAAGCUACAUGCAAUGCAAGUCAAGCCGACAUCCGUCCUCGUCAAUGGAAAGCAAUGAGCUGACGCAAACAAAAAACAACGGGAGAUUAUGUCUUUCAGUUGCCAAACGCCCGAUUUCUGUCGUAGCGUGGGGGAUGUGUCAUCGUAGAAAUUGUUGUUUUGCACACAUACCCCGAAGCCUCAAAAUGCAACCCCAGCCGGAUUCAAUUGCUUGAAUGCUUCUUCGUUACGUGCUUUCUCCUAGUUAUUUAUAGUUUCUGCCUCUGCUGCAUUUUGGAACACAUCUUAAUUACUCUGAGGAAUAAGGGACUUGGAUUUGGUUCUUUCAGGAAAUGGGUAGUAAGGAUUUGGACCCUAACGUUGUCAAGUCUGCGAAUUUCCGGGUGUGCAAGGUUUCCAGUUACACUACCGAAUUGCUAGAGAUUGAAGCUGAUAACCCGACAUUGCAUGUUGUCGUUGUCCCUGGGAAUCCAGGUAACGUUUUUAAUGUUCCUGUGGCUGUUAUCUGUGGUUUGUAUGUGCAGAACUGGGAGAAUGGGAAGUUGUUCUCCUUGCAAGAACAAAUUGAUCAUAAGGUGGAUUUCAUUUGCCAGGAACUGCAAGAUACCAAAGUUCCCAUAGUUUUGGUAGCGAUCAUUAUUCUGUUUGUUGGGCAUUCUAUUGGUUCCUACAUAACGAUGGAGAUGUUGAGGAGAAAGGGAGAAAUGGUGAUAUAUACCAUAGGGCUGUACCCCUUUAUAAUGGUGAAUCCUCUAUCAAAGAAGCAGGCUAAAGUUAGAAACAUGACGAGAUCCUCCAUCCUCUGUGGACUGAUGAGCUUGAUGGCAGCAUUUGUUGGAUUAUUUCCCAAGUGGUUUUCCCAGUACAUGCUGGUACUGUUUGUCAUUGGCAAGAGGUCAUGGUCAUGGUCUAAUUCUGCUUUUGAGACUGCUCAUGCUCAUUAUCUCAAGUACCAUAUGUUCAGGAAUAUGCUUUACAUGGCAAAGACAGAAUUAGAGCAGCUUUCGCAGGAACCGGACUGGGAGUUCAUGAGAAAGAAUCACAGGAGAUUGGCAUUCAUGUUUGGUGCUCAUGACCACUGGGGGCCUUUGCAAGUAUAUGAGGAGAUUGCAAAGCAGAUCCCCAAGGUGCCCUUAGCAAUCGAAAGGGAAGGCCAUUCCCACAGCUUCUGUUGCACUGAAGCAGGCUCUAUGUGGGUUGCGAGGCAUGUAGCAACCUUGAUAAAGGCUCGAACUUCAAGCUCCGCAGCAGCUUCUGCAGCAGAUGAUGCGACCCUUGCUCACUAUGCAAACUAGUUGGGGAUCAUACGACAAUAAUGCUUACAAUUAUGCAGGGGCGGAGCUAGAGAAUUCCAUGGCGAUCACGUGUAAAUGUAUCAGGUUCUUUGAAAAUUAUCAAUUCUGUAAAAAGUACAAAUGAUAUAUAGUAACUAAACCGUGCAGUAAAGUCUCACUGUUGUGUAUUUGAAGAUUUUUAUUUAUUGCUAAAAUUUGGUGCCAUGAAUAGAACAAUAUAAACUAAAUUAAUGUAUAGUGGUGACC